GUUAAAUUUACAGACAUUUCGGUCAGAUAAUUUUGUGUUUGCGACGCCUUGUAACAACUUUUGAAUGAACAUAAUCAAAUUCGUGGUGAAUUAAACACACGCAGUGAUGUAAUUUUGUUUCGUCCGUCUUUCGUUAAUUUUCCCCCCAGUCUAUAAUCGUUGGCGCAUGCCCACAAAUUGACGUUCCGCAAUCAACACCGUUCGAAGGCUAAUCUAGGCAUGGUGACCGUUAUGCACAUAAUCUGAGAAACGUUUUUUGUUGAAUAUUUUAAAUGCUAUUAAGUUUUACCCGUUUAUGUUGUUAAAGUACAGUGAUUUAAAAUGUUCAAGACAAAGCUGGAGGUCGAUAAACACGUGGACAAUUCCCUGAAGAAGAUAAACAACGAGACUGAGAGAAACCUGCGGAGCUUUUCGUUCGCGAAGCUUUACUUUAAUGUGGGCGACUAUGAGCACGCCGUUCGCUACGCCUCCCUGUACUUGAGCGUCAAACCAAAAUCGGCCGAGGGUCAACAGUUGCUCGGCAAGGCGUUUGAAAAGUUAGGCAAAAAGGAUUCGGCGUUGGAAGCCUACAGGAAGAGUCUCCAGCUUGAUCCCAAACAGAACAAUUUGGUGUUCAAAGUGUGCGAGCUCCUGGCGUCCGAUGACGUAGACAUGGACAAGGCCGGCGCCCGUUACUUCUGCGAUCUGGCCCAGUCGUUCGAUCCGCACAAUUCAGCCGUGUUCAACCUGAAGGAACGGUUGAUUACGAUGGAGAACAAGGAUCCAGACAACGUGUCGAAAUUGUUGCUGGACGAACUGGAGAAUCGGCCCACGGAUGUAAACUUGCGUGUACGGUUGCUCAAGCACUUCCUGCAGAAUAAUAUGGUGAAGGAGGCGUACAAACAUGCGGCGGAUGUUGACGCCAAGGAUUUGGCUAUUUUCCACAACAGCAUCAGCUGGUACGAGACUUUCGCCGAGGUCCUGGUCAGGUAUCAGAGGGAUCAGGCCAACUGUGCGUCUCUGACAUGGGAGUUCUGGUUUCUGUCAGUGUCGGUUUUGGACCGUUUGGUGGCGCUAAGUCUGGACGACCACGUUGAUAAUGUAAAAAGCACGUCCGAUUUCGUAAAUAUUCUGUUCACCUUCGACCAAAAUCUAGCUAAAGCCUCGCAGAUCGUAUCGUCCUGCCCUGAGAGACAACUCAGCCUCCUUUUCCUAAACCAUUAUCACGCACAACUUUAUUUCCAUAUAGCCACGUGCCUGUUUAAACAAGCCAAAAAAGAUGUGAUGCCCUUUAAGGAAGUAUCCAAUUUGACGUUACCCGUUCUGUUCGCGGCAUAUCAUUCCCAACCCCCAGACAUUCACAGUGUUUGGCUCAACAGUUGUCCGGAGAACAGGCGACGUAUGGUCAACAAGUGGUACAAACAAGCGGCUUAUCGUUGCUCUCAAAUAGGACACGUUUUAUUAGGUGCCAUGAAGGAUAGGAAAUCGAUUUUAUUAGAAAAAGCAGAACAAUAUUCCACGGGCAUGUGGCGAGAGCAGCUCUAUAAAAAGCUGUUCGUCAAACGAGACCAACAACAAAAAAUGAACACCAGUUUCUUUGUGACCAGCACUAAUCUGUUGGAGCCCGUACUGAAGAUGCCGGAGACGGCGGAUCUGUUGCAAUACGAUGAAGUCGCCCAGACGGUUUAUCCGGAUUCGUUACAUCAUCACAUCUGGAUUGCUCUCAACAAUCAGCUUCCUAAUUAUAUUUUGAAAUGUUUCGAUGGUCUCUCCUACUCCGUGAAACAAUUGAAUAACUGUUCCGCUGAAUCUUUAAGCGUUUUAGACAUACAAGCUUUCAUUUAUUGUGCAACCAUUUCUGCCAAAGCCAAACUAGACGAGUCCAAGAAUUUAAUUUACUAUAACAAUGACAAACCUAAUGUGUUGCCUGCCGCCAUCACUGAACCAUUGGGCACCUUAAAACAAUCCAAGUUCCUUGCAGCAGCCUAUAAAAUGUACAGAAACGAGCAAUCGUUCAACACCGGUGAAAUCAGACAACUUCUGAUCAAAGGCAUAGAAGUGGUAAGGUGCGUGGGACACCACGGGUUGGACGUUAAAAUGCUGGUCAAACUGGCGAACAUAUUCGAAGAACGUUCCAAGAACACAACCAAACAGUCGGAAAUCGAAGCAAACGAUGCACGUGCAGAGUUGUACUGGAAAUCCGCCUUACCCCUCUUGGAGAAACUGAAGAACAAUCAAGUGGUGACUUACCCAUCUAACAGGCUGUUCGAGUUGAACACAAAAGAGUUUACCAUGUCCGAGGCCACCAUCAACUUGGACAAAGGUAAAUUGUUCACGGCGGUGCAGCUGAUGAAGAAAAAGGAGCACGAAAAGGCCUUACAAAUUUUCGAGACUUUGAAGGACCCAUACGCUAGUUACUAUCAAUCGCAGAUCUACAAAUUACUGGGCGACCAGAAAACGAAUCAGAACAAAGAAAACGUUACGUCGGAAAUGCGCAGCCAAAACAUCAUACUCCUGUCCAAGGCACGUGAUUGUUUGUACUUGACUUUGGAUCGCCUUCGUGAGCCGUCAGUGGAUCGAUCGCAUCCGUUGAACACACAGCUAGGCAGCGAUAUUGAAAAGAUUGAACGAUUACUGUCGAGAGUGGAUCCCGAUUGUACCAAUCGAAACGAGUGCGACGGCAUGUCUGAUGAGAACGUAUCUACUGAUAGUGCAGGUGAACAUUAUCUCACCAGCUAUAGCGUACAUCAGACCAGUUAUCAGCACGCGCCACCAUUCACACCCAAACAUGACGUACACAAUAACCACUCCACGCCAUACAGAAUGGACUUGAGUCGGAGGGAAGCUAGACCCAGCCCUGAGAGGCUGGACGCCCAAUUGAGACAACUAGUGGCCAGCAAAGAUGCGGCCCUUAACAACAUCGUGGAGCAGAACAAAAUGAUGGUCGAGUCGCACAGGAGUUUAUUGGACGAGCUGAGGAGUUUUAAGGAUGCGGUGAAUAACUUAACCGCCACAGUGGAAGAUCUCAAAGGUAUGCGCCAGAGCAUGGAAGAACUGAAAGUGAUCAAAACUAGCGUGAAAGAACUGAAGGAUUCCGUCGACGACCUUCAGAAUGUUGUCGAUGUUGUCCGCGAAAUGAAACGUGACAUAACCGAAUUGAAGAAGGACUCCCUCUCUAAGGCGGCAGCUGUUGCCGCUGCCCAACUUAGCGAGGAAGACCUCUACGAUUUGGAUCCUCAGUAUGGAGGCGUGGAUUACCCUGGCUUGGGACAAUAUAAUCAGGCGGCGGCAGCUGCAGUCUAUCACCCGAAUUACGCCCAGGGUCCGUUGUCUGCGUCGGCGGGAGCCCUUAAUGCAGCAGCGGCUGCGGCCGCCCAAUACGGCGGUCCUGCCGCUCUCUAUCCUAGUCUUUACUCUAUGGCGGCUUACGCUUAUGGGAACAACGUGUUGCCACAGCCAGGAUCUCUUCCAUAUGUGCAGGACCAACAGAUUCCGGGGUAUCCGGCUCAGACUGCUAUGGCGCCAUCCGCUCAACUGCCCCAAUCAAAUCUUAAUAUCAGUCUCUUGACCGGCCAAGGACUGUCCCAGUCUUUGCCACAACCCACCAAUCUUGUGAAGGAGACUCCCAAAGCCACUUUAUCAACUUUCACAAACACGACACAAACAGUGUUCCCAGCAAUGUCCCCAGUCACAGUUUCCAAACCAUCUGUAAUACAGCCUCCAGUUUCUAACAAGGCUGCUCCAGUAAAUGUGGUAAUCACUUCUUCUGAUCCUUUGCCUACCCAUGUCACUCCAGUGAGUCAACCAAUUUUGUCAGUGACCAUUCCUCCACAACACAUCAAGGGCAGCCCACAGAGCAAGACGCAACCGCAUAACUAUCAAAUUCCUCUGCCUUCGACCGGCAACGCAACAGUCACUACAACACCUUCAAUUCUGAGCAAACCACCUCCAGUUGUUUCCACCCAAAGCAUCCUGUCGAACGUUGCACCCCCAGUUUUCUCUGCAGUUUCCCCCGCCAAGACUACGUCAAUGAACGUGAGCCUUGGACUGCAGAUCGAAAAGACUCUGGACAAAACGUUUAGCCCGAACGUCAGCCUGAACAAAAGCAACGCUUCUACUGCGUCAGCAGACGAACACGACCCAUGUCCGGACUUCAAGCCCAUUAUUCCCUUGCCGGAUGAAGUGCCGGUCACUACUGGCGAGGAAGAUGAGAAUGUAUUGUUCUGCGAACGGGCCAAACUCUUCAGACACGUCAACAAGGAGUGGAAGGAACGCGGUGUUGGCAACAUAAAGAUCCUACAACACAAACAAAGUGGAAAAAUCAGGAUUUUAAUGAGACGGGAUCAGGUUCACAAGAUCUGUGCCAAUCACUAUUUGAGCAAAGACAUGACUAUGUCGCCUAUGGCCAAUAAUGACAGGGCUUACAUUUGGGCAGCUCAAGAUUAUUCUGACGGCGAGAUGACUGUGGAGAAGUUCUGCGUCAGGUUCAAGACCUCCGAGGAAGCCAAGAAAUUCAGCGACGCUUUCGAAGAUGCUAAAAAGAAGAUUGUUGAUAAGCCAACUACUUCUGUGGCUACCUCUGUGGCUGUAUCAACGCCAUUCUCUGUGAAAAAGACCGAAGCCUUGGUUACUCCGCAAUCCAAGCCGUCAUUCAGCUCUCCCAACCUUGGCGGAUUCGUAUUCAGUGGAACACCGACAUUUAAACCCAAAGAAGAUCCACCGGUUGAGAAACCUGUGGCAGUUACUACCAGUGAAACUGUCAAACCCAGCCCGUUCUCCAAUUUCUCAUUCGGCAGUACAUCAAAAACAACAAUCAGCGGUAACUUGUUUGGGAACUUGAAAUCUGACUUCGCAUCACCCACCACCAGCAGCACCUCCACGUUUUCGCCUGUCGUCCUUUCUUCAACUCCUAGUCAAAAUACGUUGUCUUCGAGUCAGAAAGAUGACGACGAUCAAGUCGAGGAAUUUGUGCCGACUGCAGAGUUCACACCAGUCCUCUCGGUGCUGCCCGACUUGGUGGACGUAAAAACAGGUGAAGAAAACGCCGAAGUUUUGUUCGAAUGCAAGUCGAAGUUGUUCAAACUCGCCACCACAGACGGUGUGAAAGAAUGGAAGGAAAGAGGCGUUGGCAUCCUUAAAAUAUUGAAAGAAGACGGAGUCAUCAGACUUCUCAUGAGACGAGAUCAAGUCCAUAAGGUUUGUCUGAACCAUACAGUCCUCAAGGACAUGGUCUUCAAACUUAACGAGCAAAACAAAAAGGCCGUAUUUUGGGCCGCCAAGGACUUCUCUGAAGGUGAACUGAUACAGGAAACAUUCACCGCCAGAUUUAAAACUGAAGAGCAGGCCAGGGAAUUCCUGCAAAUACUGCAGUCGAACCAGGCCACGCUUAACGAACAAAACACUGUCUCCAACAAACACCACAAGCCGUCAACGGCCCAAAAAUCACCUCUCGGCGAGAAAUUCAAACAAGCCAAAGGCACGUGGGAGUGUAAGAACUGCUACAUAUUCAACGACGCCAAGGAAAAUCGUUGCGUUGCUUGCGAAACCCCCAAGAAUCCCGUGGCACCGAAGAAGGAAGAUUCUGGUCAGUCUGGUGCUCUGUUUUCAUUCGGAGUGCCAACAGCCAAGGAUGUCAAACCGGAAUCAGCACCCGGAAGCUUCUUAUUCGGUUCUUCGAAAACCACCACAGCCACCACUUCAUGGGGUGACAGUUUCAAGCCUGCCGAAGGUUCGUGGGAGUGCAAGUCGUGCUUUGUCAGAAAUGACGCUGCAAAAACCAAAUGUUCCUGUUGUGAAGCACUUAAGGAUGGCACCGCGCCUCCCGCCAACAAGGGAGUAAAUCUGGAAACGCCUGGAUUGAAAUUCAAUUUCGGUGUAUCUCCAGCAGUAAAACCUGCUGAGACUACGCCGAAGGUAGCUACGCCCAAGGAGAAGGUGGAGAAUGCCUUUAGCUUUGGGAGUACUCCUGUUAGCAGUAAAACAGACGUAAAUAAGGCGGUUCAGCCUGCCACUAAAGGAUUUGGGGACGCAUUUAAACCAAAGGCUAACUCUUGGGAGUGCCAAGGUUGUUUCGUCCGGAAUGAUGGCAACGCCCUUUAUUGCGUCUCAUGUGAAUCACCCAAAGAUGCCACAGUACCCAAAAAGGAAUCCACAAACAAAGGCGUGAAUUUGGAAACGCCAGGUCUCAAGUUCAGUUUCGGCGUGAGCCAAACUCCUCCUGCAACUGCACCAGCUCCCGCAGCCGCUUCCGACAAAACAGCAGCCGCAUUCUCCUUCGGAAAUGCUCCCUCGCCUGCUUUCUCCUUUGGCAAGUCAACCACCUCGGCAACCACGACUAAUUUAUUUGGAUCCUCACCCAAAUCAACGUUCACCUUCACUCCUGUAUCUAGCGGUGGCGACACUGUAAAAGCACCGGCGAAGUUCGGCAGCGCCCAAGAUAAAAAACCCGAGACGGGACAGUUUGUGUUCGGUUCGCCGACCAAGCACGAGUUUGAGUUUACGCCCCGCUCGCCCAGGAAGGUGAGCCAGGGCCAAGGCGAUGAUGAGUCCGACGGAAGUUAUGUGGAGGAAGAGGCCGACAACAUUUACUUCAAGCCGGUAAUUCCGUUGCCCGAUAAGGUCGAAGUGGUGACAGGCGAGGAGGAGGAAGACGUUUUGUAUUGUCAACGCGCCAAACUGUUCCGCUUCACCAACAGCGAAUGGAAGGAAAGAGGACUGGGAGAUUUGAAGAUUCUCAAGAGGAAGGAUACUGGCAAAUUGAGAGUGCUGAUGCGUCGCGAGCAAGUGAUGAAGAUCUGCCUGAACCACGUGCUCAACAAGGACAUCGAAUAUCGUCCAAAGGACGAGAAGACGUGGCUAUUCCACGCCGCAGACUAUUCUGAGGGCGAAUUGAGUCGCGACCAAUUCUGUCUGAGGUUCAAGACAGCCGAGGUGGCUAUCGAGUUCAAGAAAGCGGUCGAUGAUGCCGUUGGAGGAAGUGCCAGUGCGCCAGUUGCCGCCGCAGCGCCUUCUGUUCCCGAAUCAGAAGACGACGUCAUCUUAUUAGAUGACCCGAUUCCCGCCGAAGAAAUCGCUGAGGCCAAACGCCUGAAGUUACCGCUUACUUUCUUCAACUUUAGAAGUAAGCCAGACUGUAAAUGCGACCAGUGCAUUAAGGAUGACGAAUACUACCGUGGCACAGAAUUGUCCACGUUGCCGGCUGCCCCCAAAGCAGAUACCGCAAAGAAACCAGAAUCGAAACCUACUAAUCAAUCUGGUGGUCUGUUUGGUUCCCCUGUGAUGCCAACCACACAGUCUCUUUUCGGAUCUCCUUCGUUUAUCAGCACAACCACAAGUGGUAUUUUUUCAACGCUGGCUCAAAAGAAUCAGCAGCAGCCUGUGGCAACAACUGCUGCUGAGUCGCCUUCGUUGAAAACAUUGUUGACCACACCCAGCACUCUAAGCAAGACUGGUAACAUGUUCGCGACUCCUCCCAGCACUACUACCAAUAUUUUCGGCAACAAGUCCCUCUUUGGAGGCCCCACUCCUACCAAUUUCGGCACUACGGCGUCGGUGACCCCAGUAUUCGGCGGCACACCCACCAACAAGCCCAUAUUUGGUGCAGCUGCUACACCACCACUCUUUGGUAACACAACCGCAGCCCAACCGAUCUUUGGCAACACAAGCGCAGCCCAACCGAUCUUUGGCAGCACAACUGCGGCCCAAUCGACCUUCAGCAGCACAACUGCGGCCCAACCGACUUUCGGCAGCACAACUGCGGCCCAACCGAUCUUCGGCGGCACAGCUGCAGCCAAGCCGGUCUUCGGCGGGUUGUCUGCACCCAAACCACUGUUCGGAAGUGCAACCUCCGCUACACCUGUAUUCGGAGCCACUACCACCAGUGCAAACACCAGCAUCUUUAGCUCAAACAACUCGAGUCCAUUCACUUCCAAUAUUUUCGGUUCUGCUACCACAACCCCAGCCAACACUCCGACUAGCCAGAAGUCUGGAGGCAGCAUUUUCGGCGGCAGCGCUUUUGGCAGUUCGACCAGUGUAUUCCCCAGCACCACUUCGUCUUUGAGCAACAUUUUCAGUGCUCCCGCUCAAGCAGAAACCACGAAACUCAAGGAAGGUGAUGAACUGGUGCUCAAAUGCAAAUCUGAUGUUAGCUUCGCCACUUUGGCUGCAAACGUCAGCGGCGACGCACCCCCUGCGUUCUCCAAGAAGGAUGAUGAAAAGACUCCGUUCUCGUUCUUAGGCGCGGGAGCUCCCGUCUUCGGCUCCAGCACUAUGAAGAAAAUUGAAAAAAAUCUCAAUGUCUCCAAGUCCGAUGAGCAACCCGAAAAUUCGGUCAACGAAGAACAAGACGAGGAUGGCGAUGCCACUGGCAACGCUGAAGAGGAAUACGACCCGCAUUACGAGCCCAUCAUUCCCAUGCCAGACGCCAUCGUCGUGUCCACCGGCGAGGAGAACGAAGAAAUUAAAUUCAAUGAACGCGCCAAAGUUUACAGAUUUGUGGCGGAAACCAAGGAGUGGAAGGAACGUGGCGUGGGACAACUGAAGAUCCUCUUCCAUCCCGAGAAUCUUACCUACCGGUUGAUUCUGAGGCGUGAACAAGUCCACAAGGUCGUUUUGAACCAGCUCAUUCAAUCCGAUUUGGAGGUGCAACCCAUGAUGAGUAGCGACAAGGCGUGGAUGUGGGCCGGCCACAACUUCACGGAUGAUGGUCAGCAGUUCGAGAAAUUGGCGGUGCGCUUCAAAACCAGCGAGAUGGCGGAGCAAUUUAAGCAGGCUAUCGAUUUGGCUAUCUGCAAAGUUAUUGAGAUUAACAACAAGAAAUUGUCAGAGAAGCCUGUGCAGCAGGAGAUUCCUACGACUGUUACAGAGUUCGAUCCCAGAGCAGCUGGGGAACGGGGAGAAGGCCAAUACGAGUACGACGAGGAAGAUGAUGAUGAUGAAGACGAUGAUGACGACGAUGAUGAAGACCUUAUCACCUCAGCGGUUUAUGAGUGCGAAUAUAAUAACUUGCAACUCUGCACUCAAAAUGAUAAUGGACAAUGGACUGAUGUUGGCACAGGAACAGUUGGUGUUUAUUAUUACAAUGAUCUGUAUGUUGCUCGUAUCAACUUCACGGAUACUGACGGAGUCUUCAGAUCGAGUACUACAAUCGGCUCAAACACGCUGAUGGAAUUGAAUGGAUGUGAAUGUAUUUGGAAAGCAGUAGAACGUGUGGAUGAAAAAAAUCCACAGUGGAAGACGUUUAAAAUAAAAUUCCCCAAUGAGGUGGCCGCAAAGCAAUUCCAUACUAGUUACUUGGAAGGUGUUAAUUAUGCCCAAGAGGUUGGAGUAGAAGAUGAUAUUGAGAAUGAUUACGAGGAUUAAAGCAUAUUGUUUUUAAAGAUUAAGAGAUGUCAGGCUGAUUCAAUAUUGCUUAUUAUUAUAUAUAUUUUUUUUAUCUCGCAGUUUAUUUUAUAUAAAUUAAAUUGCGUUCAGUGAUUGUAAUUUUUAAUAAGUUAGUUUAAAUAUUCUCUUAAUAAAGUAAUUAUGAUGUAUAUUGAUAUUUUUAUGUUAGUUUUUAUAAAACACUGAAUAAAUUCGUUGCUCAUAGAAA